GUGGUUUUCAUGAUCGCGACGACUGUCUAGAUGACAUGUCUCUCAAGGCAUACCACAACCGUUGCGAUCGUUGUCAGGAGUUCCUUGAACGCACAAAAGUUGUUGAAGAUGAGCUUACUCACCAUGUAGACUUUGUUAACUUUAAGAUUCUACAAGCUGACCUACUCACUUUUAUAGAUGGCUUUCCAUUCACAGGAUUUCUCAUGCCACUGUGUUACUUGUCGGGUGUUCAUUUGGAUUUCGAGCUGCUAGUCUCAUGGAUGAUCUUCAAGACAACUGAAGACUAUAGAAAACUCUUAUCACGAAUGGAAAACCUGCCGGUGCAAUUGAAACAAAAUUGAAGAAUUAAUGAGAGAGGGCAUCAAGAAGGGCAUUGUAAACCACUCUUCUUCCUUAGCAGGAGUGACAGAAAGUUUGACAAGAUUUGUCGUUGAAUCAGCCGAAGAGUCGCCGUUGUGGAAUUUUUUUGAGACUUUCCCUGACGGUAUGCUACCGGACGACGUGGCCGAUAUUCAGACUUGUGCUAGAACCCUCAUUACCGGACGGCUUUCAGAAGGUUUCAAAGAACUGAGGAACUUCACAGAAAACUACAAAAUUGCAACACGCUCCAAUCCCGCAAUCAACAGCUUACCAAAUGGUGACGCUCUAUAUAGACAGUUAGUGAGAUUUCACACUACAACCAACAUGACUCCAGAGGAGAUACACCAGGUCGGAAAGUCUGAGGUGGCAAGAAUUGAAAAAGAAAUGGCAAAGAUUAUUUGCGAGCUGGGCUACGACAUGACCGUUUGCGACUUCUCUUCAUUUAUUCGGAAUGACCGCAAGUUUUACUUCAACAAUCCCAAAGACCUACUAUUGGAGAUCCAACGCCUCAUACACGAAGUCAUAGCGCCACGGCUACCUGAUAUAUUCACUGCUGUACCAAAAACAGAGCUAAGAGUGGUGGCUGAUCCUUCCCCGGACCGCACGCUUGCAUUCUAUCAGCCAGCUGCUAUUGAUGGGUCUCGUCCGGGACUAUAUAAAGUCAACACUCAACUUUGUAAUGCUCAACCAAAGUAUGACCUGCUCACCCUGAGUCUGCAUGAAGGUAAUCCAGGCCACCAUCUCCAUAGCGCCUACCUCUUGGAGUCGCCCAACAUGCCUUUAUUCAGGAAGAUUUUUGAGGACCGCAACUACCAGCAAGCUCCAUCCAGGUUUCCUUUCUACACCGCCUUUAUGGAAGGUUGGGCGUUGUACGCGGAGAGUCUGGGUUUCGACAUGAAUUUAUUUGAGGAUCCCUUCGACAGAUAUGGCCACUUCUCUAACGAAAUGUAUCGGGCGUGUCGACUGGUGGUGGACACUGGUCUUCAUUGCUUUGGUUGGACCCGCGAGGAGGCCGUAACGUACAUGACGUAUCACACGGCUCUGGCUUUGGAAAAUAUUGAAAAAAGAGGACGAGUAGAGAGAGUCACUGUCGUUCCUUGCAGGCUUAUGACCAUUAACCAGCUCAGGGUUGAUCAAAAAGUGAAUCUGCCCCCUUACCAAACGAAAUUUAUUCCAAUCAAUAUUAAGGAAAACCCAAGAACUACAGUAGUUAUCCAUCUAGAAAAGAAUACCAAACGUACUCCAUUCCCAUUUUGUACCACAGUGAAUGAACAGCAACAAGUAUACUUCCCCAGUGAAAACGCAAGUAAAGCCCAUAUCAUAUUUCUCCAGAAACUUCUUUAGUGUCUCAUGAAGUAGGAGUGGUACAUGAGGCAAAGGUAUUUUCAACUAAUCCCAUACAAAAUUAUUUAAUGCCAUACAUGGUCCAAAUUUAAAGUGAAGGCAAUAGAGAAGAAAGACUAAGUUGAAUGGAAACACCUAACCAAAACCCAAAAGGAGAAUAUCAACUCAGUUGUUCUAAAAUAUAAUUUUUUUUUUUAUUUUUGACUCCAAUGAAAUUGGAACUUUUGACCAAUCAACUGUAAAAAAUAAUAUUUCCAAUCCAAAACUAGUAAGAGCACCCAGCUGCGACAGAGAUCAUAGCGGAGAUGCUGACAGAAAUGGAAGAGAAACAGAUAAUAGAGCUAUCAACAGCAGCAUGGCUUAGUCCCAUAGAUUUAGUCAAUAAACCUGAUGGAACCAAAAGGAUGUGCUUACAUUAUAGGGGAGUAAAUCAGCAUUUAGAGGCCGACAUUUACCCCCUACCACGGCUGGAAGAAUUAGUGGAAACAGCAGCAGAUCAUAAAUAUUGCGCCACUAGAUUUGAAAGCAUAUUUUCAAGUAACCUAACAUGAAAACAGUUGCGACGUCACUACCUUUAGUGAUGGCGUCUCUUUGUUUAGACCUAGGAAAUUAUCUUUUGGAGAUUUUUGUUCCCCAGCUAUUUAUUUAUUUAUUUUAUUUUUUUCCUGGCAAAUUGCUCAAAUCUUAGCCCCACUAGUAAGAGAAGGCUGGGUCAGAAAUUAUCUAGAUGACCUCACUGUGUGGGAUCAUGAUUUUAAUGCACUAACCACCAGAUUAGAUAAACUAUUUCAAAAAUUAACUGAGAGUGGAACAAAAUCUUUCUUAGUGUAAAUUUAGACAAACUGAAGUAAAAUUCUUAGGUCACAUUGUUUCAGAAAAUGGCUGUCGUCUAAAUCCUGCAAAUGUAGAGGCAGUAGUGAGGAUGCAACCUCCCACUAAUGUAAAGGAAAUAUGAAAUUUCAUUGGUACGUGCGGGUUUUGUAAGAAACAUAUUGAAAAUUUCGCUAAGAUUGCUGCCCCAUUCACUAGCUUGACCAGAUCAAAUGUAGAAUUUAAGUGGAUAAAAAAAUGCCAAAAGUCUUCUGAAACCCUUAAAACAAAAUCUGUAUAGGCCCCUGCGUUAGUAAGAGCAGAUUUCUCCAAAAAGUUUAUAGUCACCACUGAUGCAAACAACACUCAUGUGGGAUAAAUACUUAGCCAAAUUCAAGAUAAUGGCACUACCUCUGCCAUAGGGUAUUUUUCCAGAAAACUUAAAGCUGCAGAAAAUAGAUACCCCCCAUUGACAAACAAGCUUAUCGUAUAAAUACUUUCAACAUUACCUCUGGAAUACAAAAUUUACAGUACUCACAGAUCACCAACCUUUAGUCAGCAUAUUGAAAAAGAAAAAAGUCCUCAA